CCUGUGCAGGUUACCUGAGCAGGUCUGUGCAGACUAGUGAAAAUCAAAGAUCCUGAAAACCAGCAGCUGUGGAAUGACUUUGUUGAUAAUUAGGCUUUAAAUAAUGCAGUGUGUUCCUAUGUACACAUAAGCAUGCACCAACCCAGCACAAUCAAGCUGUGAAAGCUACAAUGCUCCUGAAAAAUAUGUGUAAUACUUCAUAAAACACAACAUGGGAAGACUUUUCACGUAGUGUGAUACACAUGCAAGAAUGCACAUCUUCAGUCAUCAGCACAAUCUGCUUACAAGAGGCAGUGGGUACUCUCUAAGCCUUACAGACUGCAGAGUGUAGCAGUGACCACCAGGGGUUUUCAAGACCUUUAAAAGGCCCAUUGGAUACUCAAAUGCUGCAAUCGGAAAAAAGGCACAUCUGAUUGGUUGGUGGAUGUUGAGUGGCAUGUGGAGGAGUGAAGAUGGACAUUGAAAGGGAGGGGAAAGAUUUUUUACACAUGAAAUUAAAAGAACUAUCAAACAAAAUCACUGCUUUUGUAGAAGGACUAGUUUACAAUUUGAACAUUAAAGGUUGGCAUCAGGCUCCUGUUUCAGUAGCACAUAUAAUCAAUUUCCUAACUUAAAGAUUAGGUUACUCUUCAGCACCUGAUUUCAAAUGAAAAUUAAAAUGAAUAUAAUGUAAUUUUUUUUUUUUUUAAGUCCACAAAAUAUAAUAUAGUGUAGUAUACAAUAUAAUAUGGCUACAACAGAAAAGUCAGUUCACUUGGUGAUAUAACAGGUUAGCUGUAGCAGCUUCCGCUCUGCGCUCCUCAUUAUUCUUGUGAAUUUAUUUAAUAAAGCUCCAGGUUGACAAUUUAAUCACUUCGCUGUCAACAGAUGUUCAUCUUUCUUUGCUCUUUGCCAUAGAAGGUUUAGUCUUUGGACUUAUGUGGGCACAGACUGAGGAUCAGUUUACCAUCCCCCGGUCCUGGCUUCAAACGGCACCGAUGUGAAUUUAGAAGCUGGUCGCAGAUCAGUCUCUGAGUAAGUUCACCAUUUCCAUCUGGUUGCAGGUUGACAGCUCCACUCGCCCAGCCCCUACCUGUUACCAAGAGGCCAGGCUUGUGCUUGUGUAAAAUUCCGAUUGGCUGGUUUGUUUGGUGUGGGAGGGAGCAAGGGGCGUGGCCGAGAGUUUAGUGAUCUCACAAUCAGCUGUUUUGUACGUUCUACAUUCUGAUCCCAGGAUCAGCUGGAGGCAGCAAUAAACAGGAGGAAAAACUGAGGAGAGGAGGGAAAAGCUGCAAAUGUUAUGAUCUAAAAACAUCGGUGUAAUAUUUUACACGAAGCCCUUCUUCUAAGAAGAAAGCCUUUUAUUUUUGUAUAAUGGUGUUUUAACUACCUCACUUUAAGGCUAUCUAAAGCUAUGCUUUAAGAAUUGUUGUCAUUUCUACUGUGUGUGAGAUCGAGUUUACAACUUGAAUAAUUUUGCAAAGGCAGGCCUUUGCUCCAAACCAAGUGAAACCUUACAUUUGCACUAAAGAAGCCUGUCCACUCCUGUAUGUCAAAUCCGAGUUACAGCAAAGGGCUUCAAGUUAAAAAUAAUAAAAAUAAAAGAGGCUUUUAAAAAAAUCACACAAAGGAAUUGCAUAAAACAGCAACAAGUGAUACAUAAAUACAAACAAGACAUUCAAAAAGGCAGCUACAGUUUUUUUUUCCUUGUAGACAAAAAAAGCACCCAAAUCAUCUUCUGACAAUACAAGCAGUCAUGUUUCAACAUCUGAGCAACCUGUUGUUUGGGGAGGUAGAAGAGGUGGCAGCUGAGCUGAAGGGAUCCAACCCCUAUGUGAUGGAGGCUGACGAGGAGGGGUGGAUGCUCGUCAAUCUUCCAGAAGAGUCUGACUGCAUGAUGCAGGCAGAGGAUGAGACGGGAGCCCCACUGACUGCACAAUCAUUCCCAGACAAUGACCUAUCAAGGCAUCAAGACACUCAUACAAGGACUGAAUGCCUGGCCCCCAUUCCCCGCUUGCCUCACAAGCGCCGUAGGACACAUAAAGGUCGGACACAUGGUGCUAUGGCAUCAUCCAACACCCUGUCUUGUCCCAGCACUAGCCCAUCAGGUUUAGGUGCCACUACACCCGUGACCCUGCCAAGGCGGGUCGGACUGUCCACGCCAUCCUCCACCCCAUCAAUGUCUCCUGGCUCUGGGAGUGAGUGUGGGGGUAGUGGGGGUAGCAGUAGGGCAGGCUCAGAGAGAGGCUGCAUGGAUGAGAGCUGGUUUGUCACCCCUCCCCCCUGUUUCACUGCAGAGGGAGCCACAGCAGAGGCCAGCCCAAUGGAGGAUCUGCUCAUCGAGCACCCUAGCAUGUCUGUGUACGUCUCCCCAAGCAACUUGUCCAUGGUCUCCAACAGCAAUUUGUCUGUGGUAGGAGAAGAAAGUAUUGUGAGCCUGGCAAGCAGCAUGAGCAGAGUGUCUGAUCCAGCCACUGUCCCAGCCACUCACAACAUUAUGCCCACCAGGGCGAGCCAUGGAGCUGCUGCCCAGGCUGGUGCUCUGGCCAAGGUCACCCAAGUGGCCAGGGUCCAGCGUAGCAAAGCCCGCAUCGAGAGGCGCAAUCUGGGCCGCAACCGCAUCCAACGCCAAAAUCGCACUAGAGAGCAGGUCCCUCGCCAUGCAGCCCAUGCCAGAAACACCUUCCUUCACCAGCCCAGCAAGCGCAACCUCUGCCACUAAACUCCCCAGCAACCAGGGGGCACUGUUCACUCUGAGGGCAUUAGACACACACAAGUAAAAACAUUCACCCACAGCAUAUUUGCUUUCAUUUUUUCACAUUAUAACGCAUUAUGCUCAGAUACCAGUAGUUUUUUUGUUUGGGUAUAGACACAAACUGAGUCCACAUGGUAGUUUUAUGGAUCCCAAAAGCCCUCUGAGUAGAUGUUUAUAGACCUUUAUUAUAGUUACUGUUCACUGCAGUAUCAAAACAACAAAAAAAAGUCUUCAAAAUAUUUACACGUUAUAGUAACUAUAAUGUCUGAAGAAAAAUUAGCUUUAGUAAUUUUCUUAUCUGUUUUAGUAAAGUAUUCUUAUGUUUCAUUCUUCCUAAAUCCAUGUUUUUGUUUUUCAGUUCAACCAUUAAAUCCCCAAUAUCUUUAAAUUAAAUAACAUUUGGAGAUAGUGAUUUGAAAUUUAAACAACCAAGUGUACUCUGACUGAAGGAACAGACUCUUCUGGUGGAAACAGUGCAAGGCAGAGAAGCAUUAGCAUCUUUAUGGCGAAAACAACUCAUCAUGUCUUCAACAUGUAUUAUAUUAAGGGGGUUCCAUCUAAAUCUAAUUUUAUUUUUGUUCAGACAAGGUGGAAGGAUAUGUUGUGUGGAACAAGAGUGAGAGGAAAAUCACCAGACAUUUGUUUUUCUCCAGGUUGGUUUGCUAACAUGCAAAGUAAAGGACAAAGGCGAGGAAACAUGGGGCAACACGUUUCACCUUAGAAAAACAAAUGUGACAUUCCUCUUUUCUCUCUCUGGAAAGGUUGAGAGCAAGUAGAAGAUGGUGAGUGCAUGAGCAAAACAGACUAAAGAGUAAAAGAGACCUCAUGAUGAAUUAGAACUAGAUGUUUUAAAAUUAAUGUGGUCAAUAUGAAAUGGUCAUAGGAAAGUGUUAUGUAACCCUCUGAGCAGCCUGUGAGUUUUCAAAACUUUUACUGAAGACCAUCUAGAAGAUGACUCUUAUUUUGCAUAUCCAAACGGUUUUUCUGGAUAAUACAAAUAUAAAAAGGGUUUGUGGCAGCCACAAAGUCAUUAUUGAGAAGGGUUAUAAAUGCAUUGAAACAAUGCAAGGCUUGCUCUUGGGUUACAGGGUAUGGCAGGUUAUAGUAUGUGAAAAGUGAUGUAUUGAUGGUAACUCUUUAUUUUGUUUUGUUAUAUUGUUUUCUGCGCUUUAGUCUUGUACAUUUUCAAUUAUUUUACAAUCUGUCUCAGUGAGGUUCCACCAAAGGAAGAGAAGUUCCUACCAGACAGAGAAAGUACACAUUCAUCUCUUAAAGACAACAAAUUCAAAUUCACUCCCUUGCGGAUCACACGCAGCAUUAUGAUCAUUAAAUGUGUGGUCUUUAAACUAAAGUAAUGUGCCCAGCACACACCAGCCAUGCUCAUCCACGGUGUGUGCUGUGAUCUUAUGUUAUCCAUGUGAUCAUGAAGUACUGUCUAUUUACACAUCAGUCUCUUUCGUUAAGAAAAGUCAUCGACUGUCCAGGAGGCAGUUCUUAAGGAAAAAAUGAGCAAAAUAAAUGUCCCAUUAAAGUCUCAUUCAAAAGCUCAUCACCUUGCUUAUGGACAUGCAGCUAACAUCUACUCCAUUACUGUUUGUCCCUUUCUCAUUAGUACAUCCAGCUCCAACUGUUUCCACUUAAACAUCUAGCUUACUGAUAUGUAUUCUACAACAAUAGUAACCAAUGGUGCUGACGUGUAUACUAACAUUUGUAAAAUAUUUGAAACAUGGGUGUAAGUUUGCACUGUCAUACAUUUUGUGAGUCAAAGUUUUAGCUGUGUGCUGUGUGCUUUUUUCUUUUGUGAUUUUAUUCUUUUAUUUUUGUUUUGAUUCAACCUGUGUGUGAGAAGAUGUACUGACGAGUUAAAUGAUAGAAACUCUUAAAAAAAAAAACACUUACGAUGUUCAUUAAUCUCCCUUGUAAAUAUUACAAAACCAUUUAUGAUGCUUAGAUGUCAAAGCCUCUCAGGACUUGAGUCCAACCUUGUGCUCAGUGGGACUGAUGAGAACCUUCUCUGCCUCACCUCUGUGUUCAGUAUCAAACCAAGAGGGCGUUUCAGUGGCCAAAAGUGGUGUCUUUGCCCCACCUCCAGUCCCAUCGUGAUGGCAUGCACCAUACAAGCAGCACUAGACUCACAGUUUAUGUGCCAUAGGCAAACAUUGCCCUCCAGAGGGUUCACUUAGCACAGCACUUGCUGUAUGGAUGCUGGCAAGGACACAUGACAAUGACACGGUUUUAAAACAGUCUAUACUGGUGUGUUUAAAGGACAGAAUGAGAGUCUGGAGAUUCUGUUUGUUUGAAAAAUGGCAAUGUCUUAUUUUAAUCAUUUAGCUGAGUAAGAUAAAUUAUUUUUUCCUUGAAUCACACACCACAAAGGUUUUAUUUCUGCCAGUAAUCCCAAAAUAGCUAUUAAUUUAUAAUGAAAUUAUACAUUUUAUCUUUUUUUUAAAGAUGCCUCUUAUGUAUGCAGUUAUUUCCUCAAACAGUUCAGGAGAUGGAUCUGAGGUUAUCACUGUAACCUACACACACACACACACACAUUGCUCUCGCCGAUAGUUAAGCUGCCUCAUAGGGUCUUUGCCUGUUGUUAUAAAAGAAAAAAGUUCAUACACAGUAAAAACAAAGUAAUAAUGAGCGAUCACAGCUGGAUGUGUGUACUGAAUGUAAAGAUCACCCACCACAGAUACAUCUCUGCCACAACAAACCUAUUGUGUUUUUCUCAGUUUUUAUUUUUUUCCUUUUCUCACCAGUGUCAUGUAAAGAGAAAAGUGUGCUCAUUAUGUUGUGUAUGAUUAUUUAAAGGUGGGCUUUAAGAGUGAAAGUCCUCCAAUAACAGGCAGAGGGAAUGGUCACCCAGUAUGUUGAACCUGUAUGAGGUGAGGGAUGUGGACAUGGAAAGGAUGAGGCAGGAGACAAAAUGUUUAUAUAUUAAAAAAUAAAUAUAUAAUAAAAAUACAAUAGAAUAUGCUUGUAUUUUCCCAUAUUUUAGAACAGUUGUUCACCAAUGCAAUGUUUUAAAUGAAAAGUCGAAUGUCCGGAGAGUUUCAUAUGUUUUAUGUUGUGCCCUAGAAACAAUGGCAGCUUAUAAACACUUGGGGGUUUCCCAUAUUACAUCUCAGUUAGUACACCCCUCCCCCAGAAAAAUGAAAUAUAUAGACAUAUAAAAUUUGGUGUAUCUGAUAUCUAUGGUGAUUGUGCCUUUCACUAUGUCUGCAUGGUUUUUGUGAUGUACUGAUUUUUCAAUUUCCCAAAGUGGGCAGUUUUCCACUGACAGGCAAGACCUAUGCAAAAGUCAAUGGAUGGGUUUUCCAGCACCCAUUCAGAAAACACAGGUACCCAUAAAA